UUGACGCAUUUUCUUUUCGAGCCCGGAGAGCCGCGUGCAACCGCAGUCGUUACGCUUCCGUCGUUUCGUCUCGCUCACUCGAAGUCUCUUAUUUUCCGCUCCUUUUUCUUCGGUCGUACCAUUCCGCAGCGUGAGUCGGCUUCAACCGAGACCCUCUUUCUCCGUCUACUAACUGGAGCGCGCCAAACAACGUUUUUCUCUCCACGAAAGCUCCAUCUGUCCGCGGGAUCAGCGGGAAAUACGAUUUUCCGCGAGCAGCCGGGACGAGAGACAGUUGUUCGGUCAGUGAUCCGUCGUGAUUCACGAGCAGUACACGCGUAUCCGGUUGCCUAGUAUAACCGGUGAGAGACUGAAACAGUUUCCGUCGUCGACGUCGCCCCAGAGAGGAAGCAUGGCCCAAACGUACAACCAGAAGAAGAACGUCUACAGCAUCGACCAAAUCCUGGGCCAUGGUAAGGACGAAGAUCACGCGACGUCGUCCGACGCGAUAGUUGAUGGCGGUGAAACGGAGCUGGGUCAUCUGAGUGAUCACCAGAUGAACGAUGCUCUGCAUGAUUCUUUGAAUCUUGGUGAAUCCGACCGUCCCCGUAAGGUGAGACGUUCGCGUACCACUUUCACCACCUACCAACUACACGAACUGGAAAAAGCCUUCGGGAAUACUCAGUAUCCGGAUGUGUUCACCAGAGAAGAACUGGCUAUGAGGCUGGAUCUCUCCGAAGCCAGAGUACAGGUCUGGUUUCAAAACAGGCGCGCGAAAUGGCGUAAGAAAGAAAAGGCGCUCGGCAGAGACACCAGUUUCAUGCACGUGGAACAGAGCGGUGUCAACGAGUUGUCCCUUCACGCACGAUUACUUCAAACCGCUGGUGGUGUGCCAGGUGCGGACCCAUCGGGCGGACCAGCGGGAGCGUUCCCUUGGUUCAUCCCGCCGGUGUUCCCACCGCCGUGGCCGGCCAGCGCGCCGAAACUGCCCCCGUUGCACGCGAUCCUGUCGCAGUAUAUCGGGCUGCCGCUUCCUCAGAACCUGGCGUCGCUCAGCACGGUCCUCCCGGUCGGCCUGAACCCGGCCUCGUCCUUGAACCACGGGAACGUGAACGGGCACACGCUCGGCAGCCACCUACACGGGCACCCGUUGAACCUGGGGGUGCAGAGUCUGCCGCAGAACCUCAGUUCGAAGCACGACAAAGAGGAGGACUCGGCCUCGUCGGACGACGAGAUCAGGAGGCAGAGCGCGGAGGUGCUGAGAGUGAAGGCGGAAGAGGUGCUGCGCAAGGUGGACAAUUAACUGUGGAGAUGGGACCGCGUAACGUCUGGUUUCUUGUAAAUAUUGGGGAAUCUGGAGACAGGAGCGGCUGGUCUGAAGGAUGUCGAUGAGUUGUGGACUGUGAUCGUCGCGCGUGCGGGAUGUGGUUUCUCAUGAUGAUGCGAAGGGAGGACGAUAGCGUGUACAUUUGUCGAACAGUAGAGGAACUCUAAGAAUUUCGUCGGGAUCAUUUUGGGGGGAGCGCAGGAUUGUCUGUCGCCGCGUGACAAUUGAAACUGUUUCGGUGAUUAAGAAUAGUCAUGUUUCGUUUCUAGUUGAGGGUAGAUAACGAUGAGAAGACUCUUUGAACCGCUGGCGGUUUUAGUAGAGUGUCUACGAAUAUCUUAUAAUUUUCCGAUAGGUAUCACGAUGUAAUGAUUCGUUUGUGAAGACAAUCUAUGAUUACGCGUUGUAAGCCUGUUAAUACGUAGGGAUGACAAUACGGUUCGAGGUGUUGUCCGACUUAUCGGUUACUUCUAGUAGGAUUGCAGGGUUCCGAAGAUUGUUUUAUUUAUUUCGGGUGUCAACGGUGGACGUGAACGGUUCCAGCUGGACUCGGAGUUUCUUAGAGGACUGUUAAGGUUUAUUAGGAAUCGCG